AAGUUCCGAUCAUUGGUUCUUUAUCAUUCUUUAAAUUGAGAGAGAACCAUCUAUAUCAACUGUCAUACCGAUAAAGAUAACAAAGCCUUUGUGGCUAAUCACAAUCUUUUAAUUUUUCGACAUGCCGGAUUACAAGAAGCUCGAAAACCAAGAAGCCGAUGUGGAAAAUGGCCAGGCCACUGGACAGGACACCGAGGAGAGGCAAAGGCCGGCGGAGAGUCAACAGGCGGCCCAAAUGGUGACAGUGUCCUUGCUCAUGCUUCUUUUCCUCGGCAGCUCCUACUUCCAGCCCCGGCCACGCCUCCAUCAGUAUCGUGGAGCCGGAGGCCAUGGACUGAGGGGAAAGGUCGACUGCGACAUUCAGCUGGUGGAGUCCAUACCCAUUGGCCUAACAUAUCCCGAUGGCAGCCCGAAAUUCCUGAGCACCUACGAAGCAUGGCAGCAGCUGUUGGACAGCGCGAAGACCUCACUGGACAUAGCUUCAUUCUAUUGGACACUCAAGGGUGAGGACACGCCCGGUGUGGACGAUAACAGCACUCAGCCGGGAGAGGACAUCUUCGCCAGACUGCUGGCGAACGGAAAUGGCGGCAGCCGGUCGCCCAGGAUCAAGAUUCGCAUUGCCCAGAGCGAACCCUCCAGUGUGUCGCCCAAUUCGAACACGAAAUCGUUGGCCAGCGCAGGAGCUGCCGAGGUGGUGAGCCUCUCCUUCCCAAAGUACUUCGGAAGCGGAGUACUGCACACGAAACUGUGGGUGGUUGACGGUCAGCACUUUUACUUGGGCAGCGCCAAUAUGGACUGGCGGGCCCUCACCCAAGUCAAGGAGAUGGGUGUGCUCGUCCAGAACUGUUGGGAACUUACACAUGACGUAAUGAAGAUCUUUGAGGAGUACUGGGCUUUGGGCAAAAGUGAAAGCUCUCAAAUUCCCCAUUGGGGAUAUGAAUACCAAACAAACUACAAUUUAGAGAGUCCCAUGGGGAUAAAAGUAAACAAGAACACCAGUAUGAAUGGCUUUCUCUCCAGCUCCCCGCCCCCUCUUUCGCCUUCGGGACGAACAAACGACCUGGACGCCAUCCUCAACACUAUAAAUUCAGCUAUAACUUACGUAAACAUUGCGGUUAUGGACUACUAUCCGCUGAUUAUCUACGAGAAAAACCACCAUUAUUGGCCAUUCAUCGACGAUGCACUGCGGCGAGCAGCUGUGGAGCGGGGAGUGGCAGUGAAGCUCCUUAUCUCCUGGUGGAAGCACUCCAAUCCCAGCGAGGACAAGUACCUCAAGUCCCUCCAGGACCUGUCAUCCAAAAAAGAUAACAUUGAUAUUCAAAUUCGUCGGUUCAUUGUGCCCACGGACUCAAGCCAGGAGAAGAUUCCCUUUGGUCGGGUGAACCACAACAAAUAUAUGGUCACCGACCGAGUGGCUUACAUCGGCACCUCCAACUGGAGUGGCGACUACUUCACGGACACUGCCGGCAUCGGCUUGGUACUUAGCGAAACCCACGAAACCGAGAGCACCAAAAACAUAAGAAGCGACCUGCGCAACGUUUUCGAGCGGGAUUGGAAUAGCAAGUACGCCACACCACUUCAAUAAUCCCUCCAUGCAUUUAUUUCAUUCCACUUGUUUUAAUCCGAUCCCAAAAAUUAUUCAAAGUAUUUAAGAACAACAAAUUGUUCAAUCCUAAUCAUUGCUUUUAUUCAGUUUUGAUUAUGCGUGAGGGGUAAAUAAAGAGGCUCGUUUUACGGCCAUAACGGAAAAUACAAAA